CGCGCAAACCUUAUCUCCCCAGCCGAACUCGCUUUCUGCGUUCUUCUUCCUCCCCGUACACGUCUCUCUCUCUCCUCCAGCUCCCAGCCGGCGUCCUCCUCUACCGUGGAUCUCCCCUGCGUGCUGGACUUUCCUCCGCUUCUCCAUCCAUGGCGCUCGGCUGCUCCAAAUCUCUCUCCUAUUCGCUCAUAGAAACCACGCGCCAGCUCUCUGCUCAGCUGCCGCGUCCUUGGCCCCAAGCUCCUGCGCGCGUGUCCCUGGCCCUCUGCUCGAGCUCGCCUGGUCGCGUUCCAGCUCGGUCGCUCCCAUGGCUCGGCUCUGCGCGCGCGGUGCUCUGUCCCUGCGCACGUCCAGCACCCUGGAAUCUCGGAUUUCGCCGCGCGCGAGUCUCUCUAGCGACCGUCGAGCCUCGCUGCCCAUCACGAAGUUCUCUGCUCGCCACGACGUGUCGAGCUUUCGCGUCAAGUUUCUCUGUUCCGUGCCGGUUGUCCGUCUUUGAUCCUCGCCUCGAUGUCAUCUUGCCCGUGCAACGCUUGCUUGGUGCUCAACAAAACGCCUGAAUCAGGACCAUCGUCGUUCUCGCGAUCAUCGAAUUGGUUUAGGUCGGUAAGCUGAUCUAUGAUUCCUGUUAGCUAAAUUGUUAGAUGGAUGAAACGAAUGAUGUGUUUAGUGGGAUCCGUCGGUGUCGCUUGUGCUUAGCUGAUUUUUGAUUGUGUGGUAAAAAUUAGCUCUAGCGUAGGACUCUUCGGAUGUUCGGUAAAAUGGGUGAACUGCAGAUCGUCGUCGAUAUCGUGAAUUUGAGUUCAGUUUAGUGUGGUAAGCCAAUUCAUUAUCAUUGGUCCUAUGCCCGAAGUAGUUAUAUAUACAAGUCGAUAAUGAUCUUGUAUGUAGCAUGCGUGUUGUGGUGUAUUAGAUGUUUGUGAAGUGCUUGUGAUCACGGUCGUAGAUUAGUCGUCAUGCGAAGGUUAGGUUUAGAUGUUUAUUAUGCGAUAAAUAUGUGGGUAAACCUAAGUGAAAUAGGAUUGAAUCGUUUCUAUAUUUGCGACCUGGUGUAUUAGUAAGACGAAGGAUAAGUUUCGUGUUUCGAAAGUUUUACUGGUAGGCGUGGUCAGUAUUGCCUAUGAUGAAUGAUGUUUGUUUAAAGAAGUCGAUGUUAUGCUCU